GACCUCUCGGAUCGAGGCCUUUCAUAUCUAGAUUUUCCCGCCUCGCUCAUAUGAUGGCCCCGUAUUCCCAUCAAAAUAAAUUUCAUUUUUGACUAUAUAUCUGAAAAAUUUUAUCCCAUUGUAAAUUAUCCUUUAGGGAAAAAAUAAGGAUCAAGUUGGAAAAAUUACCUCGACGAAGGAGAAAAUUAUUGUUUAACAACUGUCAGGAUAUACGCCAUCGGUUGUUGCACUCUUCUGUCAUUCGGUUCAAAAUCAUAAUGCAGUUACAAAAUCAAAAACCACCGACAUCAUAACUUAUUUUUCUAAUGAGACGCAUUAUUUUUUCAAAUUAUCCCGACAUUUAUCCAACGUACAUUUUCUAUUGGAAGAAGGCGAGCGGUUUUACAAUACCAGCCCGGUCUACAUCUACAUUCUCAACUCAGAUUAACUUGAAUCCUUGACAAAAUGGCUCUGAGGAAAAGAGACAAUUUUAUAAUAGCAGGUGUUCCUGAGCCAAAACCAAAAAAAAACUUUGUACUGGAAAAUAUAAAAAAAGUUAAGGAUAUGCAAAAGGGCAUACAUGAAAAAACAGAGAAGACGUUCUCUCUACCGAAUACAUGCUAUAAAAAAAUUAAUUUCCUGCAGAAAAAGCCACCGGUAAACAUAAGAGGUAGCAUUUAUCAAAAAAGAAGAAAAAUGUGUGCUUCUUUAGAUGGCCUCGGUUCGAGCUCUAUCAAAACGCAUGUGAGCACACCGAUCACUGCGGUGGCCGCAUUGCACCCGAUGAAACACCCCCAUGGCAUGAAUAUUAACACUAGUGCUAGUUGUAAAAAUAUUUUAAAUAUAAAUCAAUCUAACAAAAUAGAACAAAAAAAGUUGGAAUUGACUAAGAAUAUGAAUAAAGAAAAGGAUGCAAGUAAUGUAUCUCAAAAUAACGAACCUGGUUCAGAAAACUCCGACACCGAUUUAGAACUAAGUGCUGGAGAUGGGGCCAAACUUGCAAUGCUGGCUAAAAUAAUAAGCAAAAACAAUAAAAAUUUCGUUAAAAAAAAUACGUUGACUGUUUACGAAGGGAAACCAAAACAGCCGAAACCUGACCCAACGAGACCGCCACCAAACUACAAAAGAGGAGUCAUUCCAAAGUAUCUAGAAGCCGUCAAAAAAGGAGUAAAGAAACCCGAUGGAAAAAUGGACCGUGGCGAUAUUGACCCGCAGUGCCCACCAGGCCAUGUCAGAUUGUCAGACGAUGAAAGAAGGGACCACCUGGCGAAAAUUAAGCAGUCAUAUUCUGAACUCGUCACGCAGUUCAACAUGUUACCAAUGAAAUGUGAUUCUCUCAGGAUGAAACAGAAGAGAAUGGAAAUAGAAAAAGAACUCGAGAGGCUGGAAGCGGGCAUUAAAAUAUUCUCAAAGGACAAGCUCUACGUCAAGUUAGCAGGUUGACGUUCGCUUCAGGAGUUUAUUUAAGGUCGUCACACUCCUUCCUUUUGCAGCUCCUAGUUUCCUUUGUGCUCCCACAUUUUGACCAGAUUGGAAAUGUAAAAUAUAUCCGAACAAAAAAUUCGA